AAAUAUAAAAAUAAAGCAGCUGAACUUAAUCAUCCACAACUUCAUUAGCCAGUCAUUAGUGAGGUGAAAACAGAAGAUCAGCGCUAUGAAAAUCAUUACAGCUGUGGUUAUUCUAGGCUGCCUGCUUGUUGUAGAGGUGAAAGGCCAGGCUAGAGCUCCAAAGGGCAGGUGUUUUUGUGUUGACAAAGGUGUGAACAUGGUUCCUCCAAAACAGAUUGAGAAGGUCGAAAUCAUACCAGCAAGUCGGUCUUGUAAAACCCAGGAGAUUGUUGUUACUCUGAAAAAUAGUACAGAGCAGAAAUGCUUGAAUCCAGAAUCUAAAUUCACGCAGAAAUACAUCAUGAAGGCUGUUGAAAAGAGGAGCCUGCAGAAGAAAUAGCCUGAAAUAUGAAUCCAUAUGAGCUAUUGUUAACUGAAGAACAUAUUAUAUUAGCACCCUACAAUCAGUAACAUCCUUAUGACCAAUCUUGAACUGAAAUUUAUAUUGCAAUGUAAAUCUUUCCUUAAAGAAAAAAAUUCCUUAAUGCUUUUUUUUCUGAUAAAAAUUAUCACUAAUCACUGUUGUGCGUUUUAAAAUAGUAAUGCAAAACAUGCCUGAUUACAGAGUGUAAUAUGCAAAUAUGUCAUGCAAAAUAAAGCUUUUGUGACAUUGAA